GCCGGCUCCCCGGAACCCGAGUGGCCUCGGGGGAACCGUCCUACAGUUACCCAGCACCCUCGCGGGAGGCGGUUUCCGCGGCCGCGGCUCUUCUUCGCGGCGGGAUCGCUCCUUUCUCCCGGUGCCGGUGUGGCGCAGCCUUUCCGGGGCUGUUUGGACGAAGUAGAGCGGGCAGCGACUUCUCACCAAAGGACAUGGAUGAAAAUGAAAACAGCCAGUCUCCAACAACAAGCUAUCAAUAUCCUAAAGAAACAGUAAGGAAGCGCCAAAAUUCAGUACAGAAUUCAGGAGGAAGUCUGUCUUCUAGGUUUUCCAGGAAAAGCUUCAAACUGGAUUAUAGACUAGAAGAAGAUGUAACUAAAUCGAAGAAAGGAAAAGAUGGGAGAUUUGUUAACCCAUGGCCAACAUGGAAAAACAUCUCUAUCUCAAAUAUUCUUAGAUGGCUGAUAAUGGAGAAAAACCACAGCAGUAUUCCAGGUUCCAAAGAGGAACUUGACAAAGAACUCCCAGUGCUGAAGCCAUAUUUUAUCAGUGACCCCGAAGAAGCUGGAGUGACGGAGGCUGGCUUAAGAGUCACAUGGUUGGGACAUGCAACCGUGAUGGUGGAAAUGGACGAGCUCAUAUUCCUUACAGAUCCCAUGUUCAGUUCCCGGGCUUCCCCCUCGCAGUACAUGGGUCCGAAGCGAUUCCGCCGGCCCCCGUGUACGAUAAGCGAACUCCCCCAAAUAGACGCUGUCCUUAUCAGUCACAACCACUACGACCACCUGGACUAUGGCUCUGUCCUCGCUCUGAAUGAGCGCUUUGGCAGUGAGCUGAGGUGGUUUGUGCCUCUGGGGCUCCUCGACUGGAUGCAGAAAUGUGGCUGUGAGAACGUGAUUGAGCUGGACUGGUGGGAGGAGAAUUGUGUCCCGGGCCAUGAUAAAGUCACCUUCGUCUUCACGCCUUCCCAGCACUGGUGUAAAAGGACCCUCAUGGACGACAACAAGGUUCUGUGGGGCAGCUGGUCUGUGUUGGGGCCUUGGAAUCGAUUCUUUUUUGCAGGGGAUACUGGAUACUGCCCUGCGUUUGAAGAGAUAGGAAAGAGGUUUGGUCCCUUUGACCUGGCAGCUAUUCCCAUUGGAGCUUAUGAGCCAAGGUGGUUUAUGAAAUACCAGCAUGUAGACCCAGAAGAUGCCGUAAGGAUUCAUAUUGAUGUUCAAACCAAGAGAUCUGUGGCAAUUCACUGGGGAACUUUUGCCUUAGCUAAUGAGCAUUACUUAGAGCCUCCAGUGAAGCUGAGUGAAGCUCUAGAGAGAUAUGGACUGAAAAGUGAAGAUUUCUUUGUCCUGAAGCACGGAGAAUCAAGAUACGUGAAUACUGAUGAUAAAGCUUUUGAAGAAACAUGAAAAUGGGAAUUUUCAGUGAAAACAAAUGAGAAGACUAAGAAACUCACGAAUACCAUGACAUUUUUCAUGUAGAAACUACUUCUGAGCGUGUGCUCUGCUUUGUAUUAUAACUUGCCAAUGAUAAGACUCACUUAUAUAAACUGUGAGAGUCCAGGGAGGGUUAUUUAAGGAAUUGUCCAAUGCAGACUUAAAAAAAAAACACAUACCAAUGAUACAAACAUUGCAAUAUGUUAUUUUUUUUAUCAAAACAUUACAUUUUAGUGGUAGUAGAAUUUCUGAGGUGAUGAAAAGCUGACAUUAAGAUUUCAUUUCUUCUGUUAUUCAGGGCUUUCUACAAAGGAGUCAAGCACUUAGCUUUUCAGACACACCUUUCUUAUGUUCAUAUUGUCAUGAUAAACGUGACUUCCGCAUGCUGAGGGAAUGUUUCAGUUUUUGUGGUCAGGAUUUGCUGCUGGUCACUGUAAUGCAUGUCUACAAUCCCAGCACUUAGAAGAUGAGGCAGAUAGAUCACAAGUUCAAGACCAAACCGAGCGACAAGGAAGAUCCUGUCUCAGGAAGAAACAUUAACUUAUAUGCCAAAUGUUAAGUGAUUUAUUUUGUUAAGCAUAAGAACGUAGGUGUUUGACCUAAAUUAUCAUUUAAAAUUUUUUAUUGUUGUCAAAUGUACAUUGCAUAAAAUUAUUUUAACUAGAGUGAAAAGAAGUUCCUUGGCAUUAAGUAUUCAAAUUCGUGUACAUCAACGAAUAUCUUUAACUUUAAUUUCUAGAGGGCAGCAUCUAUCCUGAGGCAUGCCCAAGUUAAAAGCUGAUGGGCGGAGAAGAGAACGGUGUGGUUCUGAGAUGAAGGGGAAGUUUAAAUUAAGCCAGACACUGCUGGGCACAAUUGUAACUACAGUGGAGUGUCUCAUAUAUCCUAAAUGCGAAUACCUCAUGUGCUUGGAAUUAGAUUUUAUUUUCUUCAUUUUCCAUUUUCUGUGUACACACACACACACACACACACACACACACACACACACACACACACAUUUUUCCUGUUCUCUCUGAACUCUAACCCCAAAUAUAUCAGUAAGAUUUGUAAGUAUGUUUUACAUAACUUGGAUGUGUUAUAUAUUUUUAUAUUAAAUGGCCUGUCAGCACAAUUGUACCUUUUAGUAAGCCGUUGUGAAAUUACAGUAGUUUUUUGAACUUCUGGGUGUCUGCUGACCAGAAGGCAUACUGUCUUGGGCCAGUAUGCCUCUGCAUCCAUAGGUUUGACAUGAACCUUCAGGAAGUGGUUUGCCCAGGUAUUAGUGAGGUUGUGCUCUGCUUCUGACUCAGGCCAAUGAAAUUAACUUUCUUGGCACAAAACACAGUAGGUUUUCUAUAUAUAUGUCAAAUAUUAUAUAGGGGUACUCAAUACUUUGAUAUAUUUGCAUGGAUAUAUGUAUGCCACACUUUGGCCUCCCAUUGGAAUUUCAUCCUUCAGUCAUGGAUUUGAUUACCCCAAAACAAGUGACCUAUGUUCAGACCCCAUCUCAUGAUGUAUGACAAGAAGACAAUGUUAAUCUACCUCCAGUGGGGAGAAUAAUAUAUAUAUAUAUAUAUUUUUUUUCUUUUUAAGAGCACUUUAGAAAUCUAAGGGAGAAAACUUAAGACAGGACUGUCUGAAUUGGACAGGCACAGAGAAAGCUUUUGGUAAUGCACUGGUUCUGUUGGAAACACCAAACUGGAGACUGACUUUAGAGGGUAAUAGCCAAUAUAAAUGAUCAUCAGAAUUUGGUAUUUUUGUAUACAGUGUCUUUACCAGUCAAGGGGAAAUGUGUGUGGUAACAUUGUGCGCAUAGUAAAUGUAACUUGGAGGCAUUAAAGCGCAGAUGGCAUUUGGAGUCCGCAUGAGUAAUCUCCCCACUGCAGACGCAUGUGACUCCGACAGUAAGGCUGUACAGUGGCCAGCCGUGGGGACACCCCUGUAGUCAUCCCGUCAUACAGAAAAAUUCUUACUCAAGAAGCAUUUGAUGAAUUUGCUCAAGUAUUUCUCCAUGAAUGGCCUCGACACUGCUUUUGUAUGCACAGGUACUGUUGGAGGCUCUCUAGGUGCUUUGCAUUCUAGUCCAUUGAACUGGACCUGCCUCCUGUUUCUAGGCUUCCUCAGGAUUUGUUUGUUUCAUUCCGUUUCCACAGAAGUUCCAUUCAUUGUGAAGUACACCAUAAAUCUCUUUAACACAACCACCCUGUUUUCACUUUAUUUUUCUAAUGUAUAUUUCAAAGGAUGUAUGUGUAAAGUGAAUAAAUUUUGAAAAAUCUA